AUGAGCUUAAAGGAGGAACAAGUAUCUAUUAAGCAGGAGCCGGAACAACAAGAGCAUCUGCAUGAUCAAUUCAAUAACGUCCAGAUCAAGCAGGAGUCGCAGGAGCGUGAUGACGAGGACUCGCAAUACACCAACGGCACGCAAGAACACGACAAUAACAUAUCCGAUGAAACUGAAUCUGAUGUAAAGGUGGAAUCCGGCGCUGAUAUAGGCAUCAACUCCCCUCAGAACGAAACGGGUCAAGUUCUGCCUGACCAACCAGAAGUCAAGUUUGUUCGUCGUCAAAUCAAUGGGUACGUAGGGUUUGCCAAUUUGCCCAAGCAAUGGCAUAGAAGGUCCAUCAAAAACGGAUUCAGUUUCAAUCUUUUAUGUGUAGGUUCCAACGGUAUUGGUAAAACAACUUUAAUGAAAACUUUAUUUAGUAAUAAUGAUAUUGAGGCCAAUUUGGUUAACAAUCACGAGGAAGAACUUGCGGAUGACGAGAAAGAAGAAGAUGAGCACGAAAACCAAUCACAAGACCAAAAACACAAGGUCAAAAUCAAGUCAUAUGAGACGGUCAUUGAAGAAAAUGGUGUUAAACUAAACUUGAACGUUGUUGACACCGGAGAAUUUGGUGACUUCUUAAACAACGAUCAAGAAUCUUGGAACCCGAUUAUCAAGGAAAUCGAUUCUCGUUUUGAUCAGUAUUUGGAUGCGGAGAACAAAAUCAACAGACAUUCAAUUAAAGAUAAAAGAAUCCACGCAUGUCUUUAUUUCAUUGAACCUACAGGUCAUUACCUGAAACCCUUGGAUUUGAAGUUCAUGCAGUUAGUUCACGAAAAAUGUAAUUUGAUUCCUGUUAUUGCUAAAUCCGAUAUCUUGACCGAUGAAGAGAUCUUGAACUUCAAGAAAGCCAUUAUGAACCAGCUAAUUGAGUCUAACAUCAAACUGUUCAAGCCACCAAUUUACUCCAAUGAUGAUGUUGAAAAUAGUAAUUUAUCCGAAAGAUUAUUCACAAGCCUACCUUAUGCUGUUAUCGGGUCUAAUAAUCUUGUAGAGAACUAUAACGGGGCCCAAGUAAGAGGGCGUUCUUAUCCAUGGGGCGUGAUCGAAGUGGAUAACGACAGCCAUUCUGACUUCAACCUUUUAAAAAACCUGCUGAUUAAGCAAUUCAUGGAGGAAUUAAAGGAAAGAACAAGCAAGACACUAUACGAAAACUAUAGAUCUUCAAAAUUGGCCAAACUUGGCAUUAAGCAAGAUAAUUCAGUUUUCAGAGAGUUUGACCCAAUAUCCAAACAACAUGAAGAGAAAACUUUACAUGAAGCCAAACUAGCUAAAUUAGAGGUUGAAAUGAAAACCGUUUUCCAACAAAAGGUUUCCGAAAAGGAGAAGAAACUACAAAAAUCUGAAACUGAAUUGUUCGCUAGACACAAAGAAAUGAAAGAUAAAUUAACUAAACAACUAAAAGCCUUAGAAGAUAAGAAAAAGCAAUUGGAACUUUCCAUAAAUAGUGCUUCCCCCAAUGUUAGCCAUUCGCCCCUCCCUACAAAGAAGAAGGGGUUUUUGCGUUAG